GUGUGCAGUCCCGGAAGCGGCUGCGGGAAGCUGCCCAGCGCGCGCCGCGGGAGGAAGCGCAGCCGGGUCCGCUGGGGUCGGGUCCGGCUGGACCAUGGAGCCGUUGCCUGAGCUCGCGCCCCGGCCCGGGCCCCGCUGUCUUCUGCUUCUCUCCCUGCUACUGUUGCUGCUGCUGCUACUGCCGGCCUCGGAGCUGGGCCCCGGCUCGGCGCACGCCGAGGAGACCGACUGGGUUCGACUUCCCAGCAAAUGCGAAGUGUGUAAAUAUGUUGCCGUGGAGCUGAAGUCCGCUUUUGAGGAGACAGGCAAGACCAAGGAGGUGAUCGACACAGGCUAUGGCAUCCUGGAUCGGAAGGCUUCCGGCGUCAAAUACACCAAGUCCAUUUCAGAGCCCCCAGACCAGAUGACCUAUCUUCCUUCCAGCUCUGACUUCCCUUUGGGAGGAGCUCAGUCCCUCUUGUGCUCCUGUCUCUGCAGGGACUUACGCUUAAUCGAAGUCACUGAGACCAUCUGCAAGAGGCUCCUGGACUACAGCCUGCACAAGGAGAGGACCGGCAGCAACCGGUUUGCCAAGGGCAUGUCUGAGACCUUUGAGACACUGCACAACCUCGUCCACAAAGGGGUCAAGGUGGUGAUGGACAUCCCCUACGAGCUGUGGAAUGAGACCUCUGCAGAGGUGGCUGACCUCAAGAAGCAGUGCGACGUGCUGGUGGAAGAGUUUGAGGAGGUGAUCGAGGACUGGUACAGGAACCACCAGGAGGAAGACCUGACUCAGUUCCUCUGUGCCAAUCACGUGCUGAAGGGCAAGGACACCAGUUGCCUGGCAGAGCAGUGGUCCGGCAAGAAGGGGGACACAGCCGCCCUGGGAGGGAAGAAGUCUAAAAAGAAGAGCAGCAGGGUCAAGGCAUCGGGCGGCGGCAGCAAACAGAGGAAGGAGCUAGGUGGCCUGGAGGAAGACCCCAGCCCUGAUGAGGAUGAGGGCAUCCAGAAGGCGUCCCCUCUCACACACAGCCCCCCGGAUGAGCUUUGAGCCUAACCCAGUGCCCCCUGACCUG